AUUAUGUGAAGUUUUGUAAGUUACGUUGAAAGAUGCGCGUGGUUUGAUUUUUCCGUGGGUUUUUUUCGAGUAUUCAAAAUGAAUUGGAACGUUAUUAAUAUGUUUUCGGCCAAAAAAGUGAAGCUCCAUGGGAUGAAAUCAGAAAAAUGGACAACAAAAGAUAAAAUAAAUCAGUACAAAGGACUUAUCAGUCUUUAUACAAGAGAUCGGAAAAUUAUUGAACUCGAUACAAAUGUGACUCGGAGAAAACUCUCUAGGCUUAUAAAAGAUUUGCAAAAGGCGGUUUAUAAUGAUCGAAGGGAGUUGGACAACGAAAUUAGGGGUGAUAAACAGAAACUGCGUAAUACUUUAGCCGAGCAUAGGGAGCUUCAGUUGGCCUUCCAAAAUUCGCAACCGAAGAAAGUGAUUGAAGAAAUUAAACAGCGUAAUUUUAAUAAACGGAAAGUUUUGGACAGGUUGAAAUAUGAGAAAAAAAUGAGGUCGCAAAAAUUAAUAGAUUUAAAGUUGGAGCAAGCAUUACUGGAAGACCGUUUGAAAUACGCAUUUCUGGGGCAAAUCAAACAGGAAAAAGAAGCACAAAUUAUAACCGGCAAAUUACAAGACGCGAUUUUGCGAAAGGAAGGUGCCUCAGCUAUCUAUCACAUUUACCGUGAAAUAAUCGACAUUAUGAAAAAAGACGCUUUAUACUUUGAUGCGAUUAUAGCAACAGUGAGAAACGAUGGAUUUAGCCAAAGCAAAUGUUUCUUAGGUGCGACUAAACUCGGACAACUUGCGACGGAAUAUCUAGACGAUAGAAGACAAGAAUAUGACACACUUGAAAAAAUUAUAAUCAAAGAUAUGACUACUCGCAAAACUGACAUUCGCGUUUUGCAAGAACACGUUGAACAUGCGACUGCCAGCAUUAAAAUGUUGCUACGAAAAGAUAGUGAUAUUACAACAUGUGCUAGAAGUUUGAAGGAUUCCCCUAGCAUGGAAAAUCUGCGCAGAGAUGUGGACCAAGUUGAAAAAACUCUGGCUUUUCUUAAAAAUACAACGCUGGCACGGUCUUAUGAUGCAAUAUAUCCCUGUCUGGAAGAACAACUCAAGCAAAAACGGCGCUUGAAGCGACUAACAAGAAAAUGUGAACGCGACAGAGACAUUAUGUUGAACAAAACCAAUCACGCUAAUUUAAUGAAUUCGGUUUUGAAGACUUCGAUGAAUGAAACUACUGUCGAAUAUAAAGCAAGGAAGAAAGAAUUGAAGGAAGAAAUGGAAACAUUAAGAGAUGAAAAGCGUAGAUAUGAAAAACUCCUGCAAAGCAAGCGAACAAUAGCUGCGAAUAUUCGCAUAGCUUUGCGGCAACUUUUACAACUCUCCUACGAUAUUUCAGAUGACACUAGAAAGAAAUCUGCUCCAAGUUCACACCCUUUCGGCUUACUAGUCGAGAAAAAAGAAAAACCAGAAGAAACUGUCGAAGAUGAAAUCGACGGGUCGAAAAUUAUACCAAUUUUGGUUAGCAAGUUUACUCCUUUGAUGUCACAUUAUUUUGCGCUCAAACACGAGACAAAACCCGAUGAGGCUUUCAGGAAUAUUGAAUCAAUGAUGCAGGAGCGAAUGAUACCAGCAGAGCAAUCUGAAGAACCUCUAAGUGAAGCUUCCCUGUUGGAAGGUAUAUACGUUGAAGCCAGUGAGCAAUUGACAAGGGAGGAUAUCAAGAAGCAGAGCCAAGAAAUCGUGGCAGCGAAUACAAAAAAUGAAGACUUAGUUCCAUUAAUCGUCGUUCCUUUUAACAAAUGGAAGAAAAUGCAGAAGCAAAAAAAAUGAAGGGAUUUAAUGAUAAAUUAUCAAUAAAAAAUACUUAA